AUGAAAGCAGUGGGUUACUUCGUCUUUCUGUCCGUUGCUAUUGUAACUGGAAGACCAAAUCGAAAAAUACUAGUCAUCCCUGAAGAAUUUGUUCCUCCAGUAAUAAAAGCGUCAGCUGAUUGUGCAGAUAAAUUUGGUUUGGAGACGAUUGACAUUUUGGCGAAAUAUUUUUCCGGUGGACUGGAAGAUUCUGAUUCAGUCAGAAAGUAUAUGUACUGUCUUGGAACCACCACAGGUUACAUUGAUGGCAAUGCAAAUAUAGUCAAAGGUAAAAUUGCUAAAGUCGUUGGUGAGCACAAAGAAAAAGUAGGUUCUGUUGUCGAUGAAUGUAAUAAAUCGAAAUUUAAUGACAAGUACGAGAAGGUGUUCCAUGUUGUUCAGUGUUUCCGUGAAAAUUCUGGAAUAAUGCUUAAAGUG